AUGGGACCCAAGCCAGCAUCCAAGACCUCUACCAAGACUGGCAAGCAGGCCAACGCCGCUGCCAAAGCGGCCCUUCGCGGCUCGUAUGCGAACAAGAAGCGCGCCAUCAGGACGAGCACCAGCUUCCACCGCCCCAAGACCCUCGAACUGUCCCGCGCCGGCAAGUACCCUCGCAAGUCGGUCCCCCAUGCGCCUCGCAUGGACGCUGAGAAGGUCCUCAUCCACCCUCUCAACACCGAGUCGGCCAUGAAGAAGAUUGAGGAGAACAACACCCUUGUCUUCAUCUGCAACGUCAAGGCCAACAAGCGCCAAAUCGCCGCCGCCCUCAAGAAGCAGUACGACGUCAGCUGCGUCAAGAUCAACACCCUCAUCCGCCCCGACGGCUCAAAGAAGGCUUUCUGCCGUCUCACCGCUGAUGUCGAUGCUCUCGACAUUGCGGCUACCAAGCUCGCCAUUGUUUAA